AUGGACGAGGGGCGCAGCCAACUUCUCAGAGGGCGCAAGCGUACCUUGCAAGCGGAGAUCACGCGUGUCCACCAGCCGCAGCGUGACGGCGAGGACCCCUUCCUGCCCGCAGCGCCGUACGACGAUGAGGCGGCUGCCCUGCCCGGGCUCAAGGCCCUGGACCCGGGGGCGGUGGCGGCAGAGGCGCUGCAGCUGGAGGCACACGCGCGCGGCCGGGGCCGGGGCCUGGCCGCGGACGGGAGCAGCCUGCCGCGCGCGGGGCGCUCUCGCGCGCGGCCCCUCCCUCGCAAGGCCCUGGGUGUGUCUGGCUCUGUGAGCGGGUGGAGUGACCUGCCCCUGCUGGACCGCAGCGCCCUGGAGGAGCGCCUGGUGCAGGAGCUGGUUGCCAAGGUCGCCCCCAAGUUCCAGGGGCGCCGCAGCGCCCACUGGUCGCCGCCGCCUGUCGCGUGGUCCAUGGACCUGUCAGUGCGGCCCCCCACCCCGGCCCUGGAUCUACUGACAGACUACCUGGAGGUCAAGUACAGGGACCUGAUCCUCAAGCGCGACGCCGUCACCACGCUGCAGCGGCGCCUGCACGCGCAGCGCCUCGCUGCCAGCGGGGGUGAGGCUGCUGAGUUUGCACCCUUGGCGCUGGCGGCGCCCCUGGUGCUGUCUCCCGCCGAGCGCGACGCGCUGGUGUCGGAGCUGGACGCUGCCCUGGGCGCUGGCGACCUCACCCGCUACCGCUCCCUGGCCGAGCGGCUGUACAGCGGCGGCCUCAUCAGCGCCAGCGACCUGCGCAGCUGCCUGGCAGCGGCUGCUGCGUCUGAAGAGGAGACCGCCGUGGCGGGCUUGGCGGGCAGCAGCGCAAAAGGCACUCAAGGGCGUGAGGAACUCUACAACGCGCUGCAAGGCACACCCUUCGGGCCAGGGGAGCAGUCCCUGGCUGCUGCGUGGGAGGGGGCUGCACAGCGCGCGGCGGCGCGCUCGAAGCAAGGCGGCAACGAGUCGCAGCAGCAGCAGGCGCAGCAGCAGCAGCAGCAGCAGCAGCAGCAGCAGCAGCAGCAGCAGCAGCAACAGCAGCAGUAG